AUGCCUCGGGCCUCGCGCCACCGCUCGCACCGCUCGCACAGGCGGGGCGGCUCGGCCGACCGGUCCGACUCCGACGGCGGCGACGACGCGGCCGCGCGCGACGAGCCCACGGCCGCGGCUAGGGUUCCGCGAGAUCCCGACCCUCCGGAGCGGCGCAGGUCCUCAUCCGGGAAGGACGUGGCGAGCUCGGGGAACGGCCACGCGGCGGAGCACGGCCGGAAGAGGAAGGACAGGGUCGAGGAGGCCGUGGUGGACGUGGUCAGCGACCGCUGGAACAGCGGCGUCUGCGAGGACCACCUGGUGGCCGACAAGCGGUCCAAGGGCGACGUGUUCGGGCCCGUCGACGUCGUGGACAAGCCCAAGGACGAGCCCAAGAGGCCGAGCAAGCGGGCGGCGGCGGGGGUGGAUGAGAGGGCCGAAGAGGUCGUCGUGUCCAAGAGUGACUCCGGGAAGCGGCGCUCGGACAAGGACAAGGAGUUGGGGAGGAGGGAGAGUAGCGGGCAGUAUAAGGAUGACAGAGAUAGGGAGAGAGACAGGGAGAAGGAGAGGGAGUGGGAGAGGCUCAAGGAGAGGGAGAGGGAGAGGGGCCGGGAUAGGGAGAAGGAGAAGGAGAGAGAGCGCGAGAAGGAGAGGGAACGUGAGCGCGAGCGCGAUAAGGAGCGUGACAGGGAGCGAGAGCGGGAGCGCGACAGGGAGCGGGAGCGCGAGAGGCAGAAGGACCGGGAGAGGGACAAGAAGGACUAUGAUUCCAAGCAUGACAGGUAUGAAGAUGGCGGUGCCAGGAAGAAUGGCUCCAAGUCUAGCAGUAGAGUGGACGAGGACGGCUACUCGCACAAGAGGCACACUGCUGAGACCAAUGAAACUCCUGCCAAAGAGAGACACAGUAAUCCCGACAGGGAGACAGAUAAACACAGCCGAAGAAAAGACGACGCUGAAGACAAAGAUAAGUGGCCAGCUGACAAUAGAGACAGUGAUGACCGGAAGACCCUGUCUAGGUAUGAUCAUGGCAAGGUUAGGAGCUCUAAGGAACAAAGGUUUGACGAUGACAAGUACAAACAAAAGUACAAGGAUGAUUAUGAGAGGGAUAAAAGGCAGCAAGAUGACAAGUGUCCGGAUGAGCGCAUGACCAGGGAUCAUGGAAGUGAUAGGGCUGAUUAUAAGGGCACAAAAGAUGGGCACAAAAAUUCGGAGGGCCAUUACAGAAAGGAAGACGGUGAUCGUUAUGAUGAUUAUGGCAGUAGGUACAAGGAGAACAGAGGGAGAAAAAGGCCACCUGAAGAAAGUGAUGACCAAUAUGAUCUGAAAACUCCAAGCACACGUGAGCAACGUGGAAAUUUGGAAAAAUCUUCAGGCAGCGGGCGACUCGAUUCUCUGAUUGAAAGAGCAAGGUCUGAACAUCGACAUGCAGAAAAUGUUGAUUCUAGUCCGAGUAAAGCCAAUGCAAGAACUUCACCUGGCUCAAACCCUCAUCAUGAAAAAGAUCAAAGCUGGCAUGGAUCUAAACCGACAGAUCAUGCAAAGAGAGAGACACCGUAUGAUGAAAGAAGUAUUCGACCAAGAACAUCUUCAGGCCGAGAACGGACACCUGCUUCUAGACUGCGUGACAGGGAUACAGACAAUUGGUCUUCAGAAAGACUCAAACAAAAGGAUGAUCUCCAGUCACGUGACACACCAUUGGAAAUCUCUACAUCCUCACAAUAUGAUCGAACACCAAGGAAAGAUACACAUCCUUCACCAAAACAGUUAUCUGAUAAAUCCCCAUCUUCAAACGACCAAAGGUUUUCAGGUAGGCCUAGUGGUGGUCGUAGUCUUGAUAAUAAAGGGGAAAGGAGUGUCCCGCCUAAAUACAGAGAUCGAGAUGGUGAUUUAUCCUUGGAAAGGUCAUUUCAUCAAGAUCGAACACCAGCUAAAAUUCCAUACAGAGAACCAACACCUUCUGCUUCAUCCAUAAGCAGAGGUGGUCAUUUUCCAGGUUCAUCUCCAAGUCAUUCACUGAUGCCACCUGCGAGGCACAGAAGUGAUGAUUCUUCCUUCUUGGGUUCACAUGAUGAUGACCGUAGACCUCAAAGUGGAGAUAGAAGGUUCCAUGGCCAUCAGAAGAGGAAUGAUAUGAAUUCUGGACGAGGCCAUGGGCAUGCAUGGAAUAACGCACCGGGCUGGCCUUCUCAGGUUGCAAAUGGUUUUGUCCCCAUGCAGCAUGGUGCUCCUGGAUUUCAUCCACCUGUACAUCAGUUUCACCCCCCACCAAUGUUCAACCUUAGGCCCCAAAUGAAGUUGAACCAAGCUGGAGUUUCAUAUCCUAUGCAUGACGCAGUUGACAGGUUUUCACCCCACAUGCGCCCGUUUGGGUGGCCUAAUUCACUGGAUGAAUCAUGCCCCCCUCACCUGCAAGUUUGGAAUGGUGGCAGUGGUGUAUUUGGGGGUGAACCCUAUAUGUAUGGUAGGCAAGAAUGGGAUCAGAACAAGAUGCAUGCUGGCAGUAGAGGCUGGGAGGCCACUGGUGAUGCAUUGAAGGGACAGAGUGAAUUGCCUGACACUGAAUUUCCUGCUGCUAAAAAGGAGCCUGACUGUUUAGCAACCCCUGUUUCAGAGUCUUCUGGUGGACAAUACAAUCUUAAUCCUCAUCCUGAGCAGAAAGAUACAAACCAUUUGAAUUCAGAAAAACAUGAAGCAAAGGGCGAUGCUAAAAGUGCUGUGAAAAAUUUGGAAGCUCCCCAAGGCACAACACUCAGGGCUUCCAUGUUAUCAAGUAAUGGUACUGCAGUAUUUUCUAAGAACUAUUUAUCUAGAAUUAGUGUUUCACAUGAUCUUGUGGAGUCAGAGUUGUACAAAAGAUGUACAUCCCUGCUGGGAGAGCUGGGCAUAGCAAAUGGUGGCCCUCAGGGGAUUAAGAAUGGGCUUAUUCAGAAUGCUGGAAAUGCUGGAAAGAUAACUAGAGAACAUGAAAGCCCGAUGUUGGGUUUCUUUUAUCUAAAAAACAAUGAUUCUAUUUUUCAGAGAGCUAUGGCCCUCCACAAGAAUCAGACAGAAAAGGCUGUGGCUCCUAUUAUUCAAGCAUUUGAGCAAACUGACGAGAAAAUGGAUUUAGCAGAAGAAAGUCACGAAGCCACAGAAAUGCUUGACCAUACUCCACCGGAGGAAUUGAUGGUGAGUAACCCUGUUUUGCACCAUUGUGCUGACAUUAUUGAAGGGCCACCGUUAAAACCGGUGCCUGGUGAUUGCUUGGUGAUGACGACACCUGUAGCAACUACAUUAUCUGGUGAUGUGGAUGCACCUCCAGCAAUAACAAAAUCUGGAGAUGUGGAUGCACCUCCAGCAAUCACAGAAUCUUGUUGCGUGGAAACACCUCCAGCAAUAUCAGGACCUGAAGACACCAAUGUGGUGGCCAAAGGACCUGAUGAAGAUAUGGAAGUGGCGGCCUCUCCAGCAAUCACAGAACCUGAUGAGAACAUGGAGGAUGUGGCACCUCCAGCAAUCGCAGCACCUGUUGAUUGCCCAGCAGAUGGUGCACCAGAAUUAAUCAUAGAACCUAGUGAUGUCUUGCAGGAGGCUCCUUCAGCCAUUGAAGAAUCUGGUGGUACAAAGGAGGUUGUGCCACCAGCGGUCACAGAACAAUCUGUUCAAGUAAAGGAUGAUGCUCCUGCUGUUGCUUGCCCUCCUAACGAACAAGAGACUGUCUCCAUGAUGCAUGCAGGAGUUGCGAAAGAUAUGCAAGGAGAUACCGAUGAUAGCCCUGAGGACGCUGCCGUGAAUGCAUCUAGCUUUGUGUCGGAGUUGGAUGUUAUUGCAAGUGGGGCUCAGGAUUGUGAAGGUUUGUUGGUGGAGGGUAGGGUAAAUUUAAGCCGGAUACCUAAUUCUCCAGAAAGUACACAUUGAAACUCCUUUUAUUUCAUUUUUAAUUCUUUU